GAGGCGCCACAUGAACUCGAACAAGCUUAAUGUUUGAGCCAGAUGUUUGUUUCUUCCUGAUAGCCCAUACAGUGGUUUUGAUUUUAGCUAGAACAGUACAACAAGGAUUAGGUUUGGUGCUAGGAUUAGGAGUAAAACAACGCUCAUCCGGAGAGAUUUCACGAGAUUUUGGUGUUUGCUGUAACCCUUCUAGCCACAACCCCAUACUGUAUUUCAACAUGGCGGCUUCCAUAGUAAAGAGUUUGUGUUUCUUACAACUGACUAAACUACCGUGUUUUAGGGGUGUAUGCAGUCGUUUUGUUAACUUAUUUAAUAUUGAUAAAUUACAAGUGAAGCGUUAUAUAGUCAACAGUUAUUCACACAUGAACAAAGUCCCACAUUUAACACAGGACGGUCAGCUCUCUCACAUCCCAGUCGAUAAACUGAAGAUAACGUAUAGUCGGAGCAGUGGACCAGGGGGUCAACAUGUAAACAAGGUCAGUACGAAAGCAGAAGUCCGUUUCCACGUGCAAACAGCCCAAUGGAUUCCAGAAGAAGUACGGAGAGAGAUUCUCUUGAAGAAUGCAACUCGUGUCAACAAAGCAGGGGAGUUAAUUGUGACUUCAGAAAUUAGCAGAAGCCAACAGAGAAACUUGGAAGACUGCCUACAGAAAAUCUCAGAAAUUAUUACUGAAGCCAGUCAGCGACCACCAGAGCCAUCCGCAGAAGAUAUCACUCUGAGGGCCCACAGUGCCAGAAGUUGGUUGACUCGGUUUGACACAUGUGCAGCAGUUAUCAACAACAAUGAUUAGAGAAAAGAAAUCUGAUGAGACUCAAACAGAAAAGGAUAAAUGCCUCAACAAAGCAAGCAAGACGGGUUGAAUUUGAUUAAACCUUACUUUGCAUGGAAUUAUGUCUAUUUAUUGAUUUAUUUAUUUAAUAAACGUUGUAAAAUGAAACAAAAA